AUGGACUUGAUCAGGACACGACCCACGGAAGCGAUGUCAAAAAGCAUGAAAAAAUUGAGAAAUGACGAAUCAAUGAUGUUUAGAUUAGGAAGAAACUUAAGAUUAGUAAGACCAAUCAAUUCCCCAGUUACUAGAUUAACCGGUAUUAAUGGUGUUAACAACUUAAACGGGGCCACCAGUAUGGUUGGAUUCACCAGAUCGUAUCAUGAAAACGUUCUUAAACAUUACUCCAACCCUCAAAAUGUUGGUACUUUAAAUAAGAAUUCAUUAGAUGUUGGUACCGGAUUAGUUGGUGCUCCAGCAUGUGGUGAUGUUAUGAGAUUACAAAUUGAAGUUGAUGAAGAAACCGGUAUUAUCAAACAAGCUAAAUUCAAAACUUUUGGAUGUGGUUCAGCUAUUGCCUCAUCAUCUUAUUUAACUUCUUUAAUUAAAGGGUUAUCAUUGGAAGAAGCUGGUAAAUUAAAGAAUACUCAAAUUGCCAAAGAAUUGAACUUACCACCUGUUAAAUUACAUUGUUCAAUGUUAGCUGAAGAUGCUGUUAAAUCUGCUAUCAAGGAUUACAAAUCCAAGAGAUCUAACAAGACUAAUUUAUCUGAAGCAGCUGUUGCUACUAGUUAA